AUGGCCAAUGAAGUGAAGAACUACUUCCUAGCACCCAGCUGGGACUACUCACCCUCCUCUCAACCUUCCGAUACAGUUUGCCUGUGGAAUUUUGUCAGCAGCCCUACCAACAUGGUGCCCCCUCUCGCUGCUGCGACUGCUAGGCCUACUACUUCUGAUGUAGGAGAAACCACAAAGCAGGGAUUCGAAUGGCUCCGGGAGCGCAACAAGGAGAGCAAAAUUGGUAUCUGGACAAGGUUCCUCGCCACACUAUUUCCAGGGCUCGACGUUGAUGUCGGAAUCCACGGCGCGAAGACGGCCCAGAACCACUUUACUUUUGAGACCAUGGUCACCAAAGAGGCCUAUCCGUCGGACGAGUACCUGCAACACAUGGUGAGCCAGGGCCCGGUACGAAAAUAUCUGGAAAGGUUCGACUUCAAAAGACCAGUCUAUGUUGUCGUGGGGACAAAGGAAGUCUCCAAAGCCAACGUGAAGCACGUGGCAACAAGAAGCUUGGGUGCAGACUUGAGGUUGAGCGCAGACCUGACCAUGACGGGCACACUUACCUCUGUUACCUCUGUUGGUCCGGAGGCAAGCACCGCCCACAGCCGCAGAGACAUGACUGGCUUUCAGGACUCUUCCGAUUUCGUGUUUGCGUUUCGUCUUCGCAAGCUUGUGAUUGACCCCCAGUUUAACAUCAGCAGCUACGAUGACGCAAAGGGGGGUGUGCUUGGCGACGAUGCCGAGAAUUCGAACAGGAUCCCGAUUGUGCGACUCGAAAAGACGGACAGUACAGCGCCUGCGGUCGGCGGACGGCAAGAGAUAGUGGAGGAAGGCAAUGAACAGGUUUCAGUCACGCUGCUGAUUUAA